GUGACGCAGCAGCUGAGCCAUCCUGAGCGGAGCUGAAGCGGCGGCGUGGAGAGCCGUGGAUCUGCCCGGACCCUCAGCCCCGGACCCUCAGCCCCGGACCGGCUCCAUCCCACUCAGCACCACAGUUACUAAUUAAAGGGUAAGCCGCGGAUUUUAGGUAAAAGAUCUGCAAACAGCAGCUUUAUAAUUCACAUUUGACGCCAAAAGCUCGUCGAAUGCAGCUUUGACAGAAAAUAUUUGCAUCAUUUCGGAUGUAAUCAUGCAUAUAUGAGGAGGCUGCAAACCAAAGUCACCUGAGGAGAGGCUCACCUUUGACUGAGGGCUGGUUUCAAGAUGUAAUUACAGGAACAUGGAGACAGCGUGGUGCGUGGUCCAGCCUCAUCCAGCAGUAUGAUCGGAGCCUCCAGUCUCUCCGGUGACACCCUGAUAGCCUGCCACUUCCCCGUGGUGCAGCUCCCCACCUGGCAGCUCCCCGUCCAGGCCCUGUGUGGCUCGGCCAAGAGGACCAGCCGGCUGUGCUCGGUGGGCCUGACCAGGGCCGUGUCCCUCCCGGAGCGGGACUCGCUGAACCGGGAACAUGCCUUCACCGGCGGCCGGAGGCAUUUCUCCAGCAGCUACAGCAGCCUGAACGAGGACCGAGCGGAGGAGGAAGGUACCAGCGACAGCAGCGGCAGGUAUGACUCCACCUCAUCGCCCGAAGAGACGAGCUCCCUCCUGAGGAAGGACAACUCUGCAGCUCGAGUCAGUCUGCGCUCACACAACUCAUUCCUACCUAAUCCAGAGCUGGAUGAGGAGGAGGAGGAUGAAGAUAGCGAUGGAGAUAAUCUACACAGAUAUCAUGAGGACUCAUCUUUUGUGUUGCAUGGAAACUCCAAUUGGCCCUUAAACAAUGGAGCCACCAAUUACACGAUGUCCAGCGGGGACCUGGACAGCGAGUGGGGCAAUGAAGGGACGAUGCUGGGUACCGAAAGUGACCGAGAGUGGCUGUCUAACCAGCCCAACCAGAUGGACUCGCUGCCACCUGAGUGCCAGUGCUUCCACAGGAGCAGAUCUGGCAGCUCGGCUCGUUUAGAGCAGGACUCAGACAGACUGAAGGAUAACAUGUCCUGCUGCAUCCACAGCCAGCACAAAUGUUCCCCGGAGAUGCUGUCCAACAGCCACACGGAGUUUCCCAGCGACUCCUCCUGCAACAGUUCUGACGGCGUCUUGGUGAACUUCUGCACCAUCUACAACAGGAGCAACAAUCCUGCCACUCCUUACAACCUCAGCAGCCCUGCCGUUCACCCCUCACAGUCGUCUGAGGGAUCCGUGUUCCUCAACCUCCAACCUGUUCCACAAACUCCAAGCAAAGACGUCCACCACAUGGCUGUUUGCUCUCCCCCGAAAGAGGAAAUGACGCUUUCUGCUUCCUGCUGGUCUCCUCAAGGCCUCGACUCCAACUGCAACCUUUACUCGUUGGAGCCGCUUCCACCAGGUCUGUCUUCUCUGGAGGUGUCCGACCUGACCGCCUGUCUUCAAAGCCAGGGCACUCUGCCGAUGGGGACGAACCAGAAGUACUACAAACUCGUGACCUGCGACCUUUCCUCCCAGUCGCCCAGCCCGGCCUGGUCCAGCCUCACCAGCUGCCCUGAGGGUCAGAGCAGGAGCAGCCCCUUCCCUCCGUCUGCCGAACAGAACAAAGAACCACAGCACAAUGAUGUCAAGAAGGACAAAGAGGAUCUACCAAAGGAAAAGAGGUUCUCCUCUGCAAAGUUUGACGGUUCUCAGCUCCACAUCAUCGACUGCCAGCUUGCCACCACCUCCACUGACAAAUCCCCCUGCAGGAAGGAGCAGACAGGCAGCAUCCAGAACCUCUCCCACUCGCCUCGUUCGCUGUGGCCCAGCAAGUGUAGCCCACAGAGCAGUAAUUGCCAAGACACAAGAGCUCCGUCCACACAGCCAUCUGUGCUUCAGGACCAGGAGCACAGCAACACUGCUGCCACCGUGAAGGGAAAGGCGACGGGAGUGUUGGAGAAAGACGUGGUCCGCUACAGUAAGGCCCAGAGGCCGACCUCGCUGCCCAUCCAGCCGUUUGUCCUGAUCCCCACAGGAAAACCUCAGGCCCAGCACCUCGGAUGUCUUCUGGAGCAGUACCUAAACCAAAAGAGCAACAAAUCUGGAAGCUCCCAGGAAGGCUCCAAGUUUACGGUGAAACGCAGCCAGUGCUUUUCUAACCUCCAGCAGUCACCUCUGGGCAGCCAGUGCCCCAUCCUCCUGGAGGCUCCUUCCAGCUCCGACACCUGCUCCACCUGCACCCCGAGCCCAGAGUGCUUCACCCGCAGACAUACGUGGAGUCAGUCCAGCAGAACCCAGGGAGGCCUGAGUCCAUGCACAUCAAGAGGCAGUCUGGAUCACAACGUCCUGAAGCCCAGAAUAGUUCAGGUGCAAGAAAAAACAAGUCCGUACUCAGGCAAAACUCAGACAAGCACUUUUUUAAAUCUGAUGUCAGCUCCAAAUCAAUCCAACCUGGUGAAGAUUCCCACCUACCAGGACCUUAUCCACCUCACUCCUGAGCAGAGCCGUGCUAGUCCAGAGUCCAAAAGUCUAGAUCAGUCCCAAACCCGCACCUGCUACAACUCAGUAUUCUCUCAUACACCUCCCACUUUACCUCUAACCACAGACAGCCAUCACCCGAACAGACAGGCCUCUCUGUCUCCUCCAGCAGCUUCUCUACAGCAGCAGAAGUUCCCUCAGUAUCGAGCAACACCUGCAGCCGACUCUGGCUUUUUUCACAGCAGUUUCACGGCUGCCCUCUCCUCAGUGGCUCCUCUUUCCUCUUUGAGCUCUCUCAUCUCCUUGGCCGCUUCUGGGCUGCAUCCACAGCAAAUCCCAGAGUCUGCUGGGCCGAGUUCAAAGCCAAGUCAGAGCCAUCACAGCGAAUCUCUGAUCCUGAGUGACAAGCCGCCCACAGAGUUCUGCCUUUCCCCCGAUACGUCUUAUGAGUCCAUGUCUAUCAGCCAUCUGCAGAGAAGAGGCUUGCUGAGGUCUGUGAGCAGAGCUGUGGAUUUGAUCAUGACUCAUUUUGGCAGCAGCAGAGACCCUGAAGAAAAGAUGCGUCUGGGUAACAGCUCCUGUAGUCCCACAAUCGCCGGUUUAGUCCUGGAACACUUGUGUCCAGCCAUCCAGAAUAUUUUAGAAGACGGUCUUCGGGAUCACAAGCUGGAUUUCAUCAUUGGGCAGCGUCGCAACCACUCCUGGAAUGUGGUGGAGAUCUCUACCAGGAUUGGUCCGUCCACCAGGGUCCUCCAAAGUCUCGUCUCCAAAAUCAGACAUUGUCCACAACUCACCACCCACUGCAUGAGACUGAGAGCCUUCCUCAUGGGCCUGCUUAAUUUGAGAGCAUUGGAGUUCUGGCUCAGUCACCUUCAGAGUCAAAGAGAUGUCGUGACGACAUACUACCAUUCUUGGGGCUUCCUGACCAUGUCGCUGGGUCGGUGUCAGCCCUUGUUUCAGGAGCUGCUUCUUCUCCUGCAGCCACUUUCUGUGCUGCCAUUUGACCUCAACUUGCUCCUGGAGCCCCGACUGUUACACCACAGACAGCUAUGUUCAGAAGAGCAGAGCGUUUUUCCGCCUCAGCCAUGCUCAGCCCUUUUGGUGACCAGCUGGCCAAGACUACAGGCUGACAAGAAGAUGUACAGCAGCUACAGCAGUCAGCCAACUAAGAUGUCACACCCAGUAGGUCUGCAGCAUCGUGAGCCUCUCAGCUCGCAAAAUUCAAAGCAGCAGCAUGGAAAUACGCAAACCAACAGCAGUCCAUUGUUGGCUCCUAUUCCAGAGUGGCAGCCGAAGGAUCCUGACCUUGUGGAAGGUGUUGAUGGAGGGGACAGCAGCCAGAAUCAUGCAGACACUUGGUUUCAAAUAAGUAUGGACAGCCGGCAAGAUGACAGGGGAUCAGAGAAAGACAGUGGGACCCCGAAUUCAUCAGCCGCCGUCCAGAGUCCUUGUCAGGGCGGUUUGCGUUGGGCCAAACUGUUUGGAGCAGCCGACACGUCCACCAAAGCGCAGUCAGUUUCUCAGAGUUACACUGAAGCACAAAACAGAAGGCUGCGGCGACCAUCGCAGUGGCUGCAUUUGGACAGAUCGCAGCUCGGACGGUUGGCUCAGUCCAUCAGGUCGAUGAAGCUGGUCGGAGCUCGGACCGACAAGAGCUGCUAAAAACUGAGCUCACACAGAGAGGGGACUGUGUACUGUAAUAACAGAAGUCUUAACUGCAUGAAAAAUACAUACACAGCGCUCAACCACACUGCUGAACCGAUGAGGAAGCACAGAAGUACAAGAUUAACAGCUUUGGCAGUGGCCCAUAUUCAUCAAGCUAUUUGUAAAUCCACAACUAAGCGUGUGUUCUGUCUGAGUUCUCAUUUUAACCCUCCUGUUGUCUUCAUUUAUGGGCACAAAAAAAUUUGUUUCCUUGUCUGAAAAAACAAACAAAAAAAUUCAACAAAAAAAAUCCCCAAAUUUCUGAAAAUUAGCAAAACCUUCAGGAAGAAAAUUCUGAUAAUUCUGAUUUUAAAAAAUCCCCCAAAUUUGGCAAGAAAAUUCUUGCAAUUAUUUUUUUUUAAAAAUUAGCAAAAAUCUUCCAAAAAAUUCUAAAAAUAUCUAAAAUGAUUACAUACAUAUCAGUGAAACUUCUCUUUUUUUUAAGAACAUUCACAUAAGAAUCAAAUCAAUUCCCUUGUCUGAAAAAAAUCCAAAAAUUCAGAAAAAAAAAUCCCCAAAUUUGCAAAACAUUCAGGACAAAAGUUCCAAUAAUUCCUUCAAAGUUUCCCUUAAAAGUUCUACUUUAAAAAAUACUCCAAAUUUGGCAUUUUUCAAAAAUGAGUAAAAAUCUUCCAAAAAAAUCCUAAAAAUAUCUAAAAUUAUUACAUAUAUAUCAGUAAAACUUCCAAUAUUUUCUUUAAGAACAUUCAUGUAAAAAUCAACCAAAAUCCAGCGAAUUUUGCUGGAUUAAAAAUGUCCCUUAGUUGUUGUUUUUUCUAAUUUGUACUCAGUAGCUUGAUGAAUAAGGACCAAUGCCCCAGUCUGUCUUUGCAUUCUGGAGUAACCACAACUAGGUGCUUAUGCUACUCUUCUUUCUAUUUCUCGUAGGCGAAUAGCAAUCAUAAAAAUCUGAAUAUUGAUCUGCUGUAGACUGUUGGACAUUAUUGUGGUGCAAAACUAUCCAUUCCUCAUUUGUCACUGUCAAUCUCUGCGUAGCUCAAUCUUUCAUUUCAUCGAUAAGUGGGAAAAAAAAGCAAUACACUCUUUCCAGUGCCAAAUAUGCCACACACACACACACACACCAGCCUCUUGUAGUAGAAUGUCAGUGAUGUUUUUUUUCAGCAUGUUGUUAUUGUUGGUGCAUGAACAUACAGCAGUAGUUUCCUGCCUUUUCCUUGAUCUCUAAACUUCCUCUUGGUGUUUUUAUAGGCGUAGAGUUUGGAUAUUGUCCGGCAGUGGAAUUUUAAAUUCCCGGCAGCGUUUGGUUUCUACGGUUUUAUGUCUUCCAGUGGAGUUUGUUGAGCUGCACAACUAAAAGCCCUCUUGUGGCUGUUUCAGGUAUUUAACUGUGUGUCAGGUCUGUUUUGACGGGCUGGUGGUGAGAUAAGAUGGAGGAAAGUGAAGGAAACUGUGUUCUCUGCGUUUGCUGAAUAGAGAAUUUUUUUAAAUGUAGUGCAAUGAUGUGAAAUCUGUGAAACUGUUCCACCUUGUUUUAUCCUCUGAAUGCUUCCUCUAAUGCCUGGAGACAAUCAACCUUCUGUCAGUAAAGACUUUACAUGUUUA